AUGACAGACAUACCAUUGUGUCAACGGUGUAGACUGCCACUAGUUCCUCAUGAGUCGCUUCUAGACCUUCAGCCAGCUCAAGUUGGCCUUCUGACAGAUCGCUUAAAUACCGACGACAACAGUAUCCCCACCAGCAACACUGUAACAGAAAGAAGUUUGAACUCCAACCUUGAUAUAAAUCGUGACGAUGUUGCAUUUAGUAAACUGCAUCCUAAUUCAAUAGCGAGUGGAACUCCUCGUAGAUCUCAUGGGGGGUCUAGUCCGGGUGAAUCAUUUGUUCUCUUAACUGAGAGCCUGUUGGCAUCUGGCAAUAGUGUUAUGUAUCCCCUUGACGAGCAUGGAGGAAUAGGUAGAAAUGACCGUAAAACUUUUGCAGAAGGUAGAUCCAACGAGUCACCAAAAGAAAACAAAACAAAGGAAUCAAGAUUCAAGAGGAUAAUGACGCUUGAAAACCUCUUUCAUGAGUUAUCUGGGCAGAGUGAAAUCGACUAUCCAAUUUGUAUGGAUUGCGCAGAACUGAUACAAGAACUAUUACGACCCCGAUACGAAGAAGCAUGUAAUGAAAGAGAUACUUAUAUUUCAUUUCUGAAUAAAAUCAAGGACGUGCCUGGUGCAGGGUCCGAAGAGGUAGAGGAGAUAUUACGUGAAAUAAAGCAUUUAGAAAGGGAAAACGAUGAGGCCCUAACCGAGUUGAAAGAAGUUGAAAAGGAACGUGAACAUGCCGAAAAAGAGCUAAGAGAACUUGAACAAGAAUCAGAAUUAUUGCUUCUAGAAGAAGAGGAAUUCUACAAAGAGCAGAAUAGGCUAUAUAGAGAGUUAUCCGACUUUCAACACGAAAAGGAGAGGGUAGAUUCGCUGCAUAGUUACUACACGACUCGUCUUCAGAAGUUACAAAGGAUAAAUGUUUAUAAUGACACAUUCUGUAUAGGGCAUGAUGGUUACUUCGGAACAAUCAAUGGUCUACGGCUUGGUCGACUAAAAAAGCCCAGUGUAGACUGGUCCGAAGUAAACGCUGCAUGGGGGCAAACACUUUUAUUAAUCACGACGGUCAUCCACAAACUGAAUUUUAAACUUGUCGGAUAUCGGUUGCGCCCCUUAGGAAGUGUAUCGCGAAUAGAAAAAUUCAAAGUUUUACCGAAUGGUGAGACUUCCAAGCCGGAAAUAUUUGACCUUUACUCUUCCAGUGAUUACUCGCUUGAGAGAUUUCUGAACCAUAACCGGCUCGACUUGGCAUUGGUGGAGUUUUUAAAUGUUUUAAACCUUGUAGGUAAGUUUGUGGAAUCAUCUGAUCCCGCACUGAAGCUUCCCUAUGUUAUUGAAAAAGAUAAAAUAGGUGGGAAAAGUAUUCGAUUAUCUUCAAAUAGUAACGAGGUUUGGACCGAGGCUUGUAAGUUUAUACUUACAAAUGCUAAAUGGAUCUUGGCUUAUGCCAGUACUAGGUAA